AUGGCUGAAAUAAAAAUUGCGGCUUUCUUCGCCGAACACAAUUUAGCAUUUCAUAUUAUUGAUCAUUUAACUCCACUCCUAAAAGAGAUAUUUCCUGAUUCUAAAAUUUGCUCUAAGUUGGAAUUACAUCGCACUAAAUGUACCAGUAUUAUAAACAAAAUAAUAGCACCUGUCGAAACAUCUGAUAUUACGGAUAUUAUAUUAAAGAACCCAUUCUCAGUACUUGUAGACGAGAGCACUGAUAUUUCAAGUCAAAAGUUUUUAUGUUUGUUAGUAAGAUUUGUACAUCCAAAUGAUGGUACUAUACAUACUAAAUUACUUGAACUUGUUAGUAUAGAUGCUAGGGAUUGUUCAGCUAAGAGCAUUUAUAGUGAAUUUAAAGAAGUAUUGAUAAAAAAGCAUAUUCCUUUGGACAAUAUCAUUGGUGUUGCAUGUGAUGGAGCAAGUGUAAUGGUUGGAAAACACAACUCAUUCAUGACACAUAUUACUGACGAUUCGCCUAAUGUGAUUACUAUGCGUUUUAUAUGUCAUUCCUCAGCUAUUAUAGCCAGCAAAGCUACAGCACAAUUACCACGGUCUGCUGAACAACUAAUAAGAUCAGUAGCUUCUUAUGUUUCUGGUAGUGCAAAACGAUGUGCCCAAUUAAAUGAAGUUCAAGAUUAUUUUGAUGGACAAAGAAAAAAAAUUUUAAAACUUGCUGAUACUCGAUGGCUAGCGAUGCAUCAAUGUGUCGUUAGGUUGUUAGAGUGUUGGGAUAGUCUUACACAGUAUUUUAGAAUUGCUAUUUAUGAAGACAAAUUAAAAUCUGCUGAAUAUAUUUAUACAGAACUACAAAAUCCUUUUACCAAGUGUUACUUACUGUUUUUAAAGUUUUCAUUAGAUUACUUUAAUACUUUCAAUGCAUUAUUUCAAAGUCGCAAAAAAAUAUUUUCAUGA